UCCGUUGGCACACAUGGAAAGUGCAGCAGAUGAGUAAACUAAUAAAGUAGUGCUCACAAGUCACUGGGUGUGGUUACAAGAAUUUAGGUAAAAUCCCCCAAUAUUUUUGUAAAAAACAUUAAAAAUCCGAGGAAGAAUCGAAACCUGCCAAGAUGACGAUCGUACAGUCCUGUUGGUCGCCGAUUAUAUGGACGAAUAACAUCAAAACUGGAAGUAAAGCAAUUGCUUGCUACACCGUGGCUAUCAGUGUCAUUAUGAUCACCUUUAUAUCCUAUCAAAUGCUCGGAGGUGAUUCUACACAACUUUAUAACCCUCUUUUUGAGGCAGACGUGAGAGGAUCAAUGCAGUGGGUAGGUGGAUUCCUGAUACUCUACUUUGUGGUCCUCAUAAUGUCCGCUUUGUCGAUGGUGUAUGGCAUCAACAUAGGAAUCAGGGGAUGGCUGUUACCAUGGCUUAUAUGUUGGUUCUUUGCCUUCCUAUUUCAAUUUUCCUUCGGUCUGUGGCUUCUAGGCGGCUACUAUAUCUAUCUUGAGGUCGUCGUCCCAACAAUGAUCCUUUGGUUGUGGGGUGCAUAUAAUCUGUAUUGCUGGUUGUGCGUACUUUCCGUCUACAAACUAUUCGAACAGCUCCAGUCGCCGAAUAUCGAAUUACUCUGGCCUUAAAUGAGUGCCCUAGACGUUAAACUAAUCCAUAGUUUGUAUCCUAGUUGUUAAAACUGACGACAAUGUAAAUUGCAUGAUAGAUCUAUCAUACAAAUUUUUAAUUUGAAUUCCUGUAUCGAUUGAAAUGACCGAAGACUGAAAAUGGCUUUGCAGAAGAGCCAUCCGUCCACAGUCGGUCAUUUUGGUGUUCACGGUACAAUGGAAAAGUGCAAAGGGGUAUGAGAUAUGCUCCGGAUGUGUAGUUCACUGACUUAAAAUAUUUUUGUAAUUAUAUUUUUCAUAUUUAUAGAAAUAAGACGAUAUUCAAUCGGUAAUUUUAUCGAACUAUUUAGUACAUCUAACCGUCAACAGUUUUUUAAAAAAAUGUCUUCUUCAUGUUAUUACAAUAAAGCUUACAUUGAUGAUCUGAUUGA